AUGCCGGCCACAUCCAUUGGGGCUUUUUGUGAUGUGCGGGAAGUGUUGGCCAACCAAUCUGAGCAGCAGUCUCUCUCCUUAGACAUGCUAGUGGUUGAGCAAUAUUUCCUGUCGGCUGAAGAAGAGGUGAUGUCUGAUUUGGAGCUACUACACACGGAGACUGAAAACUCAGAGGAUGAGGGUUUCGAUGCCUCGGAUGAUGUGGGAGAAGAGAUACAAGGCUCCGUGCAAGAUAAUGAGCUGCGAGAAGGCCAUAGACGUGUUUCACCCACCAUUCCUGCAUGUCAAUCAGCCCUCUUAGAUCUCAUCGAAAUCUUGAAUCCCCUCCGCAAAAAUGGAACUGGCCACUUAGCAUUUUCUGGGGACAAUAUCCUUCGAAAGCGUCUCGAAAUGAUAUCAGGACUGAAAAUACAUAUCGACAUGCCCCCCAAAGCGUCGCGCAAAGGGAAAGGAAAGAAAUCUGAAGCAGCAAAUGAAGGAGGAGGAUCAAGCUUUCACCUUGACACCAGACCGGUGGAGGUGGUCACUCCCAAGCACGAUGCUGGGAAGGAAAUCGAACGUCUGGACACCGAGGUGAUAAAGAGCAAGGUCGGUGUCGCAUGGAUCAAUAUGUUGGCGAUGGGCGAGCGUCUAAAGUUCGGGGUCUACAAUGACCGGCCUGAAAACGACGCUGAAACGCACAAGUUAAUACUAUCGUUCAAGCGCCAUGGGAUCGUGUCCAUGAGAGAAAUGAACGCUAUUCCACUCAUCAUUGAGAUCGACCACGUCAAAAAUGCGGAAACACUUCCCUUUGAUUUUAGCAGCCCACAGAAUGUACCAGAGUUGGAGCUCGUCGACAUGAACCCUAUCAUAGUGUCCUCGGGACAGCAUCGACUUGCAGCACUUCGACAAUACCAUCGAACAUUAACAGAUGAGUACAGGACACUCGAGAAGAAACACGUCAAGAUCAAAGAGUUGAAGAACCUGAGCGAGGAGCACAUACGCACCUUCAAUGAGAUGCGGGAGGAGAUGGGCACGAUAAAAGGAAUUAUGGACGGUAUGGGUGGAUGGGGGGUCGUAAUCUACGACAAAGAAUCUUUGUUGCAAGGAGGAGACGAGUUAGCGAAUCAUCUUAGUCGAAACAAUCCGUUUCACGACUACAAAGAAACAGAAGAAGAGGUACUCAUUACCGUGUUGAAGAAGCUGAAAGGAGUAUUCGACUCGACUCCUGCAAACACACGGCAUGAACGUGCUACCACGACAUUAGUGGAGAUCCGAGGCAUGCAAGACAAAAAUACGCGGCUACUAAGAGUCCUGCACCACGAAAAACUGUGCAUGUUACUGGCGUCACGUUUACUAUACCUCGGUACCCACUUUCGUCGUCGUCCCGAAUUUUCCGUGACGUGGCUGGCGAAAGGACUGGAUGUUUGCAUGGGCAUAUAUUUGAUGUGGAUAGAGCAACGUACGAUCACGUUGAGAAUGCUCGGGUCUCGCUCGGCGUUUCCAAGCUAUAAACAAGUGUCUGCCUUGAUUGAUAAGGCAGACGACGGCAACACAGACGCCCAGGCAGAGAUCGCCAAGCUGCGUAAGAUCAUGGAGGAGUCAGACUACGGGGAUGACGAUAGCGAACUUACCUUGUGGGCUGAAGUCCUCGACAGUGUCGACAAACACGCUCUCGACGCAUUCGACACAAUUAGGGACAGCAUCGGUCAGAUGACCCCCACCUACGUCAUGCGUUUGAGUUCGUAUCGCCAGGGAAUCAUCAAUUCUAUGCGAAAUAAGUGGUCCAUUAACGCAAACAAAGAUUACAGCCAGAACGAGAACGAAAUCCUACAACACCUCGACCGAGUCGUUGCUCGUGUUGCUCUCUUCCUGACGCCAAAGGAAGGCGAAACACACGCUCCUGAACCUCUCCUAGGAGGGUUUAUGAUGGACUACGCUUGGUCCACAUUUAACAAACUUAAGCUAGGGUUGGCUGAGGUGAGCAGGGUUAGUUAUGGGGCCUCCUAG